AUGACCUCUUGGGACCAGCAAGGCAACUACUCCAAUGGCUCCGGCGCAGGCCAGGGCUCUCGGGGUAGCGGUUACGUCCCGCCGCACAUGAGGGGAGCUGGAGGUGCGCGGUGUCCCGUCGACACAGGGCUUCCGGCACCGGAGGCGCUCGACAUGCGUUCUUAUGACCCCUUUGCGGAGGCGGAGGCCACCAACAAGGAUGCUGACGAGCUGUUUGCCGGCGAGAACACUGGCAUCAACUUUGACGCGUACGAGGACAUCCCCGUGGAGGCCACGGGGUCCAACGUGCCGGAGCCCAUCUCCACCUUCCAGGACAUCGACAUGGGCAAGGAGCUGAUGGAGAACGUGCGUCGGUGCAAGUACACCAAGCCCACCCCCGUCCAGCGCUACUCCAUCCCCAUCGGCAUGGCGGGGCGCGACCUGAUGGCCUGCGCACAGACCGGCUCCGGCAAGACCGCCGCCUUCUGCUUCCCCAUCAUCGCACACGCUCUGCAUGGCGGGUUCCAGCCCGGCGCACGCGGGCGCAAGGCCUUCCCCCUGGCCCUGGUGCUGUCCCCCACCCGCGAGCUGUCCUCCCAGAUCUACGACGAGGCGCGCAAGUUCUGCUACCAGACCGGGGUGCGCCCCGUGGUCGUCUACGGCGGCGCGCCGCAGGUCCAGCAGCUGCGCGAGCUGGAACGUGGCUGCGACUUCCUGGUGGCCACCCCCGGCCGCCUAAUUGACAUUAUGGACCGCGGUCGUGUGUCCCUCGCCAAGAUCCGGUACCUGGCCCUGGAUGAGGCGGACCGCAUGCUGGAUAUGGGAUUCGAGCCCCAGAUCCGGCGCAUCGUGCAGGGUGAGGACAUGCCCCCUGUGGGCCGUCGCCAGACCCUGCUCUUCUCUGCCACCUUCCCCAAGGAGAUUCAGCGUCUGGCCGCCGACUUCCUGCACGACUACGUUUUCCUGGCGGUGGGCCGCGUCGGCUCCUCCACCGAGCUCAUCGUGCAGCACAUCGAGUUUGUCCCCGGGCACGAGAAGCGCCAGAUGGUGCUGGACCUGGUGCAGUCGCUGGCGGAGGGCCUGACCCUGGUGUUUGUGGAGACCAAGAAGGGCGCUGACGCGCUGGAGGACUUCCUGGUGCGCAACGGCAUCCCCGCCACCUCCAUCCACGGCGACCGCAGCCAGGCGGAGCGCGAGGCCGCGCUGCGCAGCUUCCGCUCCGGCCGCACGCCCGUGCUGGUGGCCACCGACGUCGCGGCGCGCGGGCUGGACAUCCCCCACGUCACCCAUGUCAUCAACUUCGACCUCCCCGCUGACGUAGACGACUACGUGCACCGCAUCGGGCGCACGGGGCGCGCAGGGAAGAAGGGGCUGGCCACCGCCUUCUUCUCUGACAAGGACGCGGGCAUGGCGGGGAAGCUGGUGGAGCUGCUGCAGGAGACCAAUCAGGAGGACCCUCCGGAUCUGCCCAAGGCCCGUGACGCGAGCGGGAAGCAGGGGGACUGGUUCCAAAUGCUGCUGGCCCGGUUCAACCCAAUCAGCGAGAAGGCCAGCAACACCGCGGUGCUCGAUUUCGAGAAACCCCUCGUAGAACUGGAUCACAAGAUUAGAGAGGUGCGCAAGGUGGCUGAGCAGAACGGCGUGGACGUCAGCUCCCAGAUCAAGGAGCUGGAGGCCAGGGCCCGCCAGCUGCGCAAGGAGACGUACGCCAAGCUGACGCCCAUCCAGCGGCUGCAGGUGGCACGCCACCCCAACCGCCCCACCUUCCUGGACAUCGCGCUGAACAUCACCGACAAGUUUGUGGAGCUGCACGGCGACCGCAUGGGCCUGGACGACCCGGCCCUGGUCUGCGGCAUUGCCUCCAUGGACGAGACCUCCUUCAUGUUCAUCGGGCACCAGAAGGGGCGCAACACCAAGGAGAAUAUCUACCGCAACUUUGGCAUGCCCCAGCCCAACGGCUACCGGAAGGCCCUGCGCUUCAUGCGCAUGGCCGAUAAGUUUGGCUUCCCUAUCAUCACCUUUGUCGACACGCCCGGCGCCUACGCCGGGCUCAAGGCCGAGGAGCUUGGGCAGGGCGAGGCCAUCGCGAUGAACCUGCGCGAGAUGUUCAACUUCCGCGUGCCCAUCAUCUCCAUCGUGAUCGGGGAGGGCGGCUCCGGCGGCGCACUGGCCAUCGGCUGCGCCAACCGCAUGCUGAUCAUGGAGAACGCGGUGUAUUACGUGGCCUCGCCUGAGGCCUGCGCCGCAAUCCUGUGGAAGUCGCGGGACAAGGCGGGCGUGGCCACCGAGGCCCUGAAGAUUACGCCCCGCGACCUCGUCGGCCUCGGCGUCAUGGACGAGAUUGUGCCAGAGCCUCUGGGCGCAGCGCACACCGACCCCAUGGGCGCCUUCCCCGCAGUGCGCGAGGCGGUGCUGCGCCACUACCGUGACUACGUGGGCCGGUCCGCCACCGAGAUCAUGGCCGACAGGUACAUGAAGUUCCGACACAUCGGCGUGUACGAGGAGUUCCUGGUGGCAGGGGGCGACGUCGAGGCCGCGCGCGCGCAGCGGGAGGAGGCCCCGGGAGCAUACACCAAGGCGGGGACGUGGGCGCCCACGGAGGCUGACGCGCGGUACAUCGAGAAGUGCGCCGACGCCGACGAGAAGUGGGAGCAGUCCCUGAUUGGCAAGGAGCAGUGGCUCAACCCACCCAAGGUGGACCACCCGGGCUGGCUCAAACCAGGCUGGACCGAGUUCGUGCUGGCCCUGGAGGAGGCCCUGGAGGAGGAGGAGGCGGAGGCGGAGGAGGGCGAGGCCGGCGAGGGCGCCGGCUUCGAAGACGACAGCGACGAGGAGGGGCACGACGCCACGCUUUCCAACGGCGCGCGCAACCUGGCCGAGGCCGACGCGGCCUGA